AUGGGUUGCCUCCUUCGGCACCACCGUAGACAGGAUCAAAAAUUUUCCUUAACUCCUGUGGACGACCGUUCUCUGCGAGGACCUGGCUUGCUUAAAAGAGGAACAAGUACGACGUCUGUAGUGACAACGUUGGCACAAGGCAUUGAGUGGUUGAUUCCAAUCCAGAUCGCGAACAAAACGUUUAAUGUGCAAUUGGACACCGGAUCUGCCGACUUAUGGUUGUUUUGUGACGGUGCUAAAGUGGGGUCGGGACAUGAUCUGUACAACCCAUCGACAGGCACAAAACUGGAUGGGUCCUCAUUCGAUGUGAAGUACGGCUCGGGUUAUGCCAAGGGCGACGUUUACAUGGAUCGAGUUACAACUGGAAGCAUCACAGCGAACCAAGCUGUCGGGUGCGCUACCAGCGUAGACGCAAAUGACGCUGCGGACCACGGGCUGGAUGGUAUCAUGGGCGUAGGAUUUAACAGUGGCAGCAAGUCGGUCAACAACGGCCACCCACAAAGCCCCUCAGCAACAAAAUCCGCAUUGAACGCCGUUAGUACUAAAAGCGGCGGGUUCUUGGGCCUUUUCCGAUGGGGCCAUCCUGAUCCACAAAUGACAUUUAUAGAGAAUGCGUACCCGCAGCUGGCAGAGGGUCUCUUUACUGCCGACCUUAAUUAUAAGCAGAAGGGCGUGUACAAUUUUGGCUACAUCGACCAGGCGAGAUUCAGCACUCCAAUUACCUAUAUGCCUGUUCGUAAUUGGAAUUAUUGGAUAGUGGAAACCAGCGGGUACGCCAUUGGCACCAACGCCUCGAAGUCUGAUAGUUGGAAGGUCCUGAUCGAUUCCGGCACUACCAACCUCCUGUUGCCCCCCGCAGCCACACUCGAAUAUUUCUCCGCCGUUCCCAGCGCAAAGCUAGUAUCUACCGGCAACUACCUCGUACCCUGCGACCCGGCAGCCGCCAAGCUCCCCAACCUCACCAUUACCUUCACGCCCCCGCAGCCAGUAAGCACCCUCGUGCAACCCGGCGGCUCCGGCGGCAUCAGCACCAAGCCAUACCAGGCCGUCAUUCCCGGCGAGUACAUCAUCGGCAACCCAACCGGCAACAACGACGGCAUGUGCCACGCCGGCAUCAACAACGCCGGGAGCGGCCAGGCGUGGGAUGCUAUCCUGGGAGACGUGUUCAUGAUGAGUCAGCUGGUCGUCUUCGACCUUGGUGACGAGAACGGAAGUGUGGAUUCGAAAUACCCUUCACAUGGCCAGAUUGGCUUUGCCCCGAAACCGGUGGGGAAUUCCUCACAAGUUUGAAAGAAGGGUGUUGUAGGUAGGUGAGAGGGGAUUCUGUUUUCAUGGCGUUCAUGGUAUCCGAACAUUGGGAUUUCGGACAUUGGGAAUAAAUAGCUGGAAGCACAAAGAGCAGACCGGUGUCUGGUUCAAAUGGUAUUUAGAUUGCUUCAAAUUCGGGUGCUUGUAUAUUAAUGCAUCUAUACC